UGCGAUGCUAUAGAAUCGAACGACUAUAUAAGGAAUACACUGGUAAAAUCCGACAUAUCCAACAAUCACCACCGCACCAUGAAAGUCAACGCCAACAUCUUCGCUUGGGCCAUCGUCCUGUUCGUCUGUCUGCCGAGGAGCAGUGAGGCAGUCACUUGUACCGCGGACCCCACUGUGACUGGAUGCAUUGACUGUGCCACCAGUCCCACCGAUCCCGAGUGCGUGGCAGAAGCAACUCCUGUCGUCACAACCACUCUGGCUCCGGUAACAACUUUAGCCGCGACUACAUUGGCAACUGACACGACCUCCACAACAACGACUACGGCGGCAACCACUAGCACGGGCGGCAGGCGCAAGAUCGUCAGGGUCAGCAAUCUACGGUACACCGCCGUUCGUCGCAUCCGGGUCAAUAGGAGUGGCACCACCCGCCGCACCACCAACCGCAAUACCAACCGCAAUACCAACCGCAAUACCAACCGCAAUCGCAACCAAAGACGCGUCAAUGUGAGGAAUAGGCGUCGCAACGGUAAUGUCCGUGUGAUUGUCGGCCCGGGGCCACAAUACCCUGGAACCAUUAUACAAGACAAAUCACUUGAACCGAUAGCAACAAUGAGAGCAGAAACACUUAUCCUCGGCUGUGUCCUCCUGGUCGUUUGCCUCGCAAGGCAGAGCGCUGCUACAUCCGCACCGACUGGUGUCCCGACCACCACGGCAGCCUCCACUGGUAUCACCACCACUGUGGCACCUUCCGGCGUGACCACAACUGUUGCUCCUGCAGGUGUUGCAACAACCGUUGCCACACCCAGUGACAUCAGUGCUGCCACCACGGUUGCCAGCAGUAGCAGCAGCAGUAGCAGCAGAGGCAACAGCCAAAAAGCCGCCCGGAGAAGGAGGAGGAGGGCUGCUGCACGUCGUCGUCGUCGUCGCCAGAGGGCCGAGAGGGCCGAGAGGAGGAGAGCAGCCAGAAGGCGGGCGGCAAGGAGGAGCGGCAGGAGAGGUUAGAAGUUUGAAUUUCAAAUGCCUGCAUACAGAUUGAAUAAACUGCCACCACGGUUAACCAGAUUGCAUAUAA